CCUAGACUGGCCUGGGGUGAUGCUGCCCUGAGGCUGGUCAUCCCGCACUGUGACUGGCAGGGGACGCUAAAACAGCCUUUUCUGCCCCACAUGGUGCGCAUGCGUGUUCUCACCGCCGACACUGCAUGGAGUGCGCGGCGUCCGGAAUGAGUAGGAAAGCGGCUCCGGUUCCUUCAGGACGCGCUUCAGGGGGCACCGCGGCGGUUUGGGGACGACUUGGAGCCCUGUCCUAGGGAGAAAACAGCUCCUGUCUGUGGCCCUGACUGGUUAGGUGGGAGCUGCGUGCAACUCAGCUUCUCCGGGGCAUUGUUUUCUACACGGUCACUCUCACCCAAGCUGGAGCACCAUGGUGCAUCACAGGACCAGCUGGGUGGACUAUGAACAGGCCAACUGCAAGGGUGAGCAGUUUGUGUUUGAGAAGGGCGAGUACCCCCGCUGGGACUCGUGGACCAGCAGCCGGAGGACAGACUCCCUCAGCUCCCUGAGGCCCAUCAAAGUGGACAGCCAAGAGCACAAGAUCAUCCUCUAUGAAAACUCCAACUUCACCAGGAAGAAGAUGGAAAUCAUAGAUGACGACGUACCCAGCUUCCACGCCCACGGCUACCAGGAGAAGGUGUCAUCUGUGCGGGUGCAGAGUGGCACUCCUGCAGGUACAGUCCAUGUGCCACAUCCGCGAUAUGCAGUGGUACCAAUGUUGGCGCCUUCCACUCCUCCAACUGGUGCCCUCCCCACCACGCCUCCUUCCCAGGACCUAGGCCUGCUGCCCAGGAACCCUCUACACCUCCCAGAGAACUUGCAAUUCCGUUCCCUCUUGAGUGACUGGCUGGUCUCGGGAUCCCUGAAUAUUUGUGAUCUGCCUGCCUCAGCCCCCCAAAGUACUGGGAUUACAGGUGUGAGCCACUGUGCCCGGCCAACAUUGAGGAAAUUAUUUCUAAUCCCCAGUCACAAAGAAAUUCUCUAAUACAUUUAUUUCUCUAAACUUUUUAAACAUUUGCUCUUUACAUUUGCAUUCUUAAUCCUUCUGGAGCUGAUUCUUGUAUAUGGUGUAUGGUAGAGAUUCAGUUUUGUUUUUUUUUUCUCUUUGGAAGUCCAGUGUCAAUUCAUGAAGGAGUCCAUUUGCUGCACUGCGGCACAGUCACCUUGCUGUUCUAUCCCCUUCCCCACAGGUGGGGUGAUUUUAUGGGCUGUCUUUUUUGUUCCUGUAGUCAGUGUAUCCCUGCACUCUUGCCACAUUGUUAACGACUAUUGCUUUGUAGUCAGUGUUGAGGUCCCUAAAACAGGGGCCCUCAAACCCUUGGGCCUCCCAUGGCCUGAAAUGGGGGUUGCACAAUAGGAGGUGGGCAUUACAGCCUGAGCUCCGCCUGCUGUCAGACCAGCGGCGGCAUUAGAUUCUCAUAGGAGUGCAAACCCUAUUGUGAACUGCACGUGCAGUUCACAGGAACAAAACCAAACACCGCAUGUUCUCACUCAUAAGUGGGAGUUGAAAAACGAGAACACAUGGACACAGGGAGGGGAACAUCACACACCCAGGCCUGUCGGGUUGGGGGACAAGGAGAGAGCAUUAGGACAAAUACCAAAUGCAUGCAGGGCUUAAAACCUAGACGAUGGGUUGAUGGGUGCAGCAAACCACCAUGGUACAUUUAUACCUAUGUAAGAAACCUGCACGUUCUGCACAUGUAUCCCAGAACUUAGAAAAAAACAGUUAAGUGCUCAAUAAAUUUCUGUCAUCUAUUUCUUCAUUCAUUCUUCAACCAGUACCUACUGAGUGCCUAUUUGGAUACUUGGCUUAGUACCUGGGUAAUGAAAUACUCUACAACAAACCCCCAUGACACGAAUUUAUAACAAAUUUGCACAUGUACCCCCGAACUUAAAAGUUAAAAAAACAGAAUCCACACAAGUCUGAGCUACUUCCCUUCAGGAAAAGACUCCAGCUGAGAUCUCAAGGAAGAGUAGAGGUUGCAAGGCUAAAGAGGCUAAAGAAGAGCGUCCCAGAUGAGAGCGGCAUGUGAAGGGCCUUGUGGUGGGAGGAGCCUGGUAGCUCUGAGAAACUCCACAAAGGCACGGUGGUGGCUGGAAUGCUCAGAGAUGGGGGGGCACGUGGAAAACCUUGUUAAAGUGGUUAAAAUGAUUAUCAUAAAGGUGGAAACUAAUAAAUGGUAAAUAAAUGUUACUCUCAUCCAUUU